GAUUCGUACCGCACAAACGUACCUGCGUUAAAAUUGUUUAAAACAUACACGUGAAUUCUGCAAAAGAUGUUUCCUUAUCACACUAUCUAGAUUUACGCCAGUGUCAGUCAAAUAUAAAGCAAUAAACGUCUUUAUAAUGCACACUAGUAAAGCCAUUUAUUGUAACAUUAUACUAUUUUCUUAGAUGUCACACACAAACUACCUUGAGGAAACUGUUGAAAACCUCGCAUCUUACAGUCUUAAAAAAAAAUCGGAUAAUCUGUUUGAGAUCGUUUACGUAUUUUCAGUAUUUUUGUGAACAAUAACGGUACACGACGAACGAUACAACGUUUUGUGAAUUUGAAUUUAAUUGUGUUAAUUCUGUGUUAUUGUUCAAAAUGUAUUCGAAGCGUAAUUAAUAUCAAGCAAGGUGGUUUAUGUGCUAAAGAACUGUAAUUAUAAUAAUAUAUCUAUAGACAUUCUUUAAUGCAAGUCGAAUAACUAUGGGGGUCGAAAAUGCUGAAGUGAAGGCGGAAUACAACCCCUAUGAACACAGGAAAGUGGAAAAACCGACAUCAGAUAUACGAUCAACAGCAAACUUGAUCAAAGCCUCCCUGGGCUCUGGUUUGUUGGCUGGUCCACUGGCGUUCUCCAACGCAGGAUGGGGCGUCGGACUGUUUGGCACAUUACUCGUCGGUGUAAUAUGUGGGCACUGCAUUCAUAUAUUAGUGAGAACGUCGCAACAAUGCUGUGUUAUAGAAAAGAAACCUUCAUUAGGUUACGCAGAAACUUGCAAAGCUGCCUUCAUGAAUGGACCGAAAGGUGCUAGAAAAUUUGCGAAUUUUGCGAGUAUUUUUGCUGAAUUCGCUCUACUGUUUACGUAUGCGGGAGUAUGCUGUAUCUAUACUGUAUUGAUAUCAGAUUCAGUAAAACAGUUGGUGGAUCGCUACGCACCAUCCACCAUCCUACCAGUAGAGUACUAUUGUCUUAUAAUACUAGUACCAAUAAUAUUACUAUGUCAGAUCAAGUACCUCAAGUUCCUCGCGAUAUUCUCUGGGAUCGCCAACAUAUUACUGUUUACCGUAUAUGUUGUAUGUCUGUACUAUAUCUUUGGAGGCGAAUUAUCGUUCGAAGGGAAACAGGCUGCCGGAGAUCCUGCAAGAUAUCCGGCAUUUUUAUCGACAGUAAUAUUCGCAAUGGAAGGCGUUGGAGUAGUGAUGCCGAUUGAGAACACGAUGAAGAAACCACAGAACUUCUUGGGCUGUCCAAGUGUUCUGGUAGUAGCCAUGGGAGCUAUCGUCUUCCUCUACGGAACUCUUGGCAUGUUUGGAUACCUCCGUUAUGGCGACGUGUUAAGAGGUUCUAUCACUCUUAACCUUCCUACUGAUGAAUGGCCAGCAGUAUUAGCCAAGGUUUCUAUAGCGUUAUCAAUAUUCCUGACAUACCCACUGCAAUUCUACGUGGUCAUUGAUAUCUUCACGAGGUACACUCAGCCUCAUAUAAAGGAGAACUAUCAGCAGAUAAUCCAAAUAGUGGCCAGGACUGUGGGAGUGUGCUGUUGUGUGGGUAUAGGAAUGGCGCUUCCCCUACUGGAGCAAAUCCUCAACAUAGUUGGAGCACUGUUCUACUCUAUCCUUGGCCUCGUGAUCCCCAGUGUCAUAGAAACUGUCUUCAAAUGGGAGAACCUGGGUAAAUGGAACUGGAUACUGUGGAAGAAUGGCUUCAUCUUCUUAUUCGGGAUGUUCAGCCUCCUGUCAGGAUGUACCGUCACAAUUAUGGAUAUAAUCAAGAUUCUGAAUGAGAAAACUGAAUAACAAUAACAAUUUUCAUGUAGCCAAACUUAGUAUUAAAUUGUAAAUUAUAUACAUACAACGAUUGUCUCA